AUGAUUGCUCCUGCAUCGGUCGCGUCUCCUACGAUCGAGGUUAGGAUGCCUGCCUUUGCCGAAUUCACCCAGCAAACCAACAGGCGAGCCCUGAUUGCUCACUUCACCAAUGUGCUGUCCCACCUCAUUGUUCUGCGUGAAGAUGAGGGCAACCCGUUCCAACGGCUCGUUUUACCCAUGUCCCAGAAGAGCCCGGCGGUCUCGAAUGCAAUCUUUGCCUUGGCAUGUGCCCAUCUGGAGCACCGAGGUGUCCACAAUAGCGAGAAGAGCGUCUACUUUCACAAUCAAGCAAUCCAUGGGUUGACUGCUCUGCUGGCAAAGGGGUGCGAUGCAAACAGGAACGAGCUAUUGGCCGCCAUUAUCCUCUUGAUUUACUACGAAGUGCUUGUCCAGAACGGGCGUUCAAACAUUGUCGACGGUCACUUGAAGGGGGCCAUGGCAGUCAUGUGUAGCAGCCAAGCACUGUCUGACCCGACGGCCGUCUUCUUGGAAAGGGCAUUUCGAUUCUACGAUGUCAUCGCGGCAUUGUCGUUCGACUCUACGCCGCUCCUGCCUGCGCCCGAGAGCGGGAAUUUCGCCAUGUUCCCUCCCGUCAACUGUCGCGGUGCUACCGUCCCUGAUGGAAACGUCGACACGCUGCUUGGGAUGGCCACUUCCUUAUGGCCCAUCAUCUACCGGCUCUCGACCCUCGGCGGCCUGAAACGGAAACUUGCUUUGGCUGAGCUGCAGGGCGAUGAAGCAGAGACGGCGAUGCUGCGAGCGGAAUUCGAGAUGACGGCAUCCUCGGUAGAGCUUGCCCUGGAAGAGUGGGUGCUCCCGACAGACGAAUCUUUGCCCAAGGAUACGGAGAAUCCUAUCCUGGCUGGGAUUUCAGCGCAAAGGCAGAUGCAGAGCAUCCUCAACAGCGCCAUGGCUUAUCGACACUCUGGAUUUGUCUACCUUUACCGCAACAUCUACGGCUACGACCGGCGUCAUGCCGUGGUGCAGCACCAUGCGCACAUCAGCCUCACCCACUGUGUUGGUACGGUCAAGAAUAAAGGCCCCAUGGGGGCUCUGCUGUGGCCGCUCUUUGUGGCUUCCUGCGAGGCGGUUGACGAAGCCGACCGAGAGCUUUCCAGGCAGGCGUUUGCGGCGGUAUGUGAACGACAGGGCAUGACGAAUAUCGAGCGAGCAAGGUGCAUCAUCGAAGAGGUCUGGAGACGAGCAGACUGUGGUGAAGAUGAGAAUGACUUGGUUUUACAUUUGGGCGAGCAGAAGAGCGAUUUAUGGAGAAGGGUCAGCCAAGACAUGGGAGUCACAGUGGUCUUUGGGUAG